CCUACAUAUAAUCAAUCUGCUAUUGAAAGUUUCGACAAACACUGCUGAUUCCCUAUCUUUCCUUGCUCUCUGUUUUACCUCUCAUGGAAGCAACACCAAAUCCAGUGAAGGUGCUUGAGGUAUGCAGGGUGGCUCCACCGCCUAGCUCGCCUGACUCCGCCGUCCCAACCUCUCUUCCUCUUGUAUUCUUCGACCUUUUUUGGGUGAGAUUCCCUCCCGUUCAGCGCAUAUUCUUCUUCGAAACCUCCCAUUCAACUACUACUUUUCUGGACACUGUUCUUCCCAAAUUGAAGCAUUCCUUGUCCCUCACACUCCAACACUACCUUGUCCUUGCCGGAAAUCUGACAUGGCCACCAGAUUCCUAUAAACCAAUCAUCCAAUAUGUUGAAGGUGAUGAUGCAGUUUCUCUUACCAUAGCCGAAUCUGAAGCUGAUUUCUACCAUCUUUCAAGCUACAGCUUUCGUGAAGUUAAAGAAAUCCAUCAUUUUUUACCCCAAUUCCUAUCUUCUGACACGCGAGCACCGUUGAUGACAUUGCAAAUUACUUUGUUUCCAAACAAAGGGUUUUCAAUCAGUUACGCCACACACCAUGCAGCACUUGACGGGAAAGCUGUAGCUCUGUUUUUGCAUUCAUGGGCUUCCAUUUGUAGGCACGGCGAAGACUCAAUUUUAACACCGGAAGAAACUCCAUUCUAUGACAGGUCUUUGAUUAAAGACCCAGGUGAUCAUGAGAGAACUUACGUGAACUUCUUGUUGAACCUCAAUGGACUCAACAACAAAAGUCUCUUGAUAUGGGACUUGAAACCUCCAACUGAUAUAAUGCUUGGUACAUUCCAACUGACACGAGCAAACAUAGAGUAUAUCAAGAAGAGGGUCAAAACGCAAUGGCAAGAAAAGCAAAAACAAGAACCAGCAAUUCAUGUAUCAAGCUUUACAAUAGCAAGUGCCUAUGUAUGGGUUUCCCUAGUUAAAGCCAAAAAAAUAAGCACAGGGAAAGUUCAUCUCGGAUUCAGUGUGGAUUGCAGGGCUCGCUUGGAACCCCCUAUCCCUUCAACUUAUUUUGGGAACUGCGUUACAGGCCGUCUCGUGGAUGCAGAUUCAAAUGACUUAAUAGGAGAAGAUGGAGUGGCCACGGCAGUUAAAGCAAUAUGUGAAGCUAUAGAAGGUUUGAAAGAUGGAGCUGUACAAGAGGUUCAAUUGUCUAAAAUGCUUUCUAUAGACAGGAAUAGAUUAUUUACCAUCGGAGGCUCACCUCGCUUUGAGUUGUACAACACUGAUUUUGGGUGGGGGAGACCGAGAAAGGUGGAGAUGACAUCAAUUGAUAAAAGUGGAGCAUUCUCUCUUUCAGAUUGCAGAGAUGGUAAUGGUGGGCUUGAGAUUGGGAUAGUUUUGAAGAAACACGAGACUGAAGAUUUUGCUUCUCUGUUUGCUAGUGGUCUCCAAGUCCAUUAAACUUUUGUACGUCCUUGAGGCAAUCAUCAUCAUUUGUUAGUGCAUAUUUUUUAUUUGACGGUCGUAUCUUUUUCACACUAUUGUGUGUGUUUUGUUUGUGUGGAUUUAUUUUUACCAGCUUCAUGUGGAAUAAUGAUGCUAUAAAUCUUCUUCAAUGA